AAUUCUAAGAUUGUCCGCCGUGAUUUCGAACCGUAAGUCAAUAUCUUCUUUUUUAUUUCAAUUACCCAUUUUGUUGUACAUUUCCCGUCUUAACUUUUAUACCCCCAGUAUUAAAUACUUUAUUUUCCAAUAUGUCUCUUCCCGGCCAAGAUGCUCAAUGUGCAAAAGGGGUUUCCUUGCUCAAUCUGCCUCUGGAUGUUGUGAAUCAAGUUUUGGAAAAGUUGGAGCCCAUGGAGUUACUGACAGCUCGAAAAGUAUGUAGAAGUUUAAGGACAUCCGUCGAUAAAUUCGGACUUCAUUUUAAUAAAAUUAGUAUAUACAUAUAUGAUGAUAGCAUUUCUAUAUUUUUGGACGGAAUCGGAGUCACUUAUUCGGAUGCAAGGAAUGGCAGCUCAACUGUGACCUACAAUGCACAAAAAACGCUCGUUGAUGGAGUAAACUUCAUGGAAAUAGCAUCCAAGGACUUAAAGAUAUCACUAACUUUGAAUCACACAUCAAAAUUAGAAAUUUGCAAUAAGGCCCACAACAGUCACAUUUAUGGCACUUCUUUAUUUCAAAGUUUCAAAAAAUGUGCUAACGUGAAGGUACUCACACUUAUCGGGCUGAAGGAUAUUCUAACCAUGCUCCCAUAUUUUGAUGCUGAAACUCUGGAAAACUUUCAACUAUGGGGAGCCGAUGCAAUUGAUGAACAGAUAACUAUUCUGGAUCAGUGGAAAAAUGCGAAAAAAUUUCAACUUUGGAAUUCUGAUUUUGACGCUAAAUUUAUAAGCCAUCUGUUUCACUUCCAAUGCUUUACUAUUAACACAAUGACCGAAUUCUCAAUAGAGGCUAUGAUCGAGAUUAGAGAUGAUCUGUUGAGAAGAAGCACAUUUGAAAGCUGCUACAUAUAUUUCAACAGUUCAAAUCCAAAAGAACUUGCAAAAGUGUUCAACUACACUGGAGGCUAUCCUUGUAAAAUCGAGUACAACAACAGAUUUGCGGUUGAACUUGAAGAGUCCACAUUUGAGCCAAAUCUUUUUGAGUUUUGUGUGAAAAGAUUAUGAAUGCAAAAUUGUUUGUAGAAAUACGAUUCAAUAAGUCAAUACUGUUUUAAUUUUGAUAAUAAAUGAUUUUUGU